AUGGAAGGUGCCAAAACAAGACAUGAACUGGCCUGGCUUCCUCUCCCUGCAGAUUGGAUUGUCAUCAAUUCGGAUGGGUCUGUUAAACAACCCAACUCGGAGGCUGCUGCAGGUGGACUGCUUCGCAAUCACCUUGGCCGCUGUGUUGGAGCUUUCGUCACCAACUUAGGGAGCUGCUCCAUCACCAGAGCGGAGAUCAUCGGGGCGCUCACUGGCCUCCAACUGGCAUGGGAUCAAGGCCAUAGGAAGGUCCUCCUUCGCCUAGACUCUACAACAGCACUGGCUAUCUUAACAGGGAAGGAUCAAGAAAGUAGGCGCUACCACAACCUCACCAGGCGAUUCCAGAACCUGUUGCAGCGUAAUUGGGAGGUUCAUCUCUCUCAUUCCUACCGCGAAUGCAACAAAGCGGCGGACUACUUGGCUAAUAAGGCCCAUGGCUUUAGCUUAGGCGCUCAUGCUAUUGACAUUUCAGAUCCGGGUCUCAAUUUUUGGACAUUGUAUGACACUAUGGGUAUUACCUAA